AAAUUGCUAGAUUCUUUCUGCAUUUUUUUGGGCAUGGAUAGGGUAUCAGUUUUCUCUGGCAUUUGGGCUACCUUUUAGUGGUUGUGGGUGAGACUUUAAGUUUUUUAAACUCAUCAAAAUGGGUUUUGAAUUUAUCUUUUAAUUUGUAGGGAUAGUGUAGGCUUGAGAUGGAAAGAAUAUUUCCUUCCUGGUUAGAAUUUGAUGCUCUGAGAACUGUGGUUGUCUAUCUGAAUUACUGCACGUCUAUUUGCGAUAGGCUGAGGCAAGGCACAAUGUGUCCUAAGGCUGGAUUGUUUUCAUCAUCACCAUGUCCUCCCAUUUUCAAAUAUGUGAAAGGAAAUUAAUUACAAAUGCCCUGCCACAAUUCUUCAAUGUUCUUUCUAUGUUAAAAAGUCUGUAAUUUGCAUAGUAUAAACUGCUAGAUUAUUUUAUGGAAUCAACAUCUUGAUAGAAGUUAUUAAAUCUUAGGCUCAGAUUAUUAAAUCCUAGAACCAUCUACUGACAGGAAGAAUCAAGCAUAUCAUGCCCAAUCCAUUUUGCAUGAACAAAUCAAAUUUAACAUUUGAAUUCUAUUGUCUCGCAGAUAAAAGCCACCGACAAAAUUUUGAGGGAUGCAUGAAAGUACUUCAUGCUGUAGAAAUUGUUAUAAGGUGUGAUAAAGUACUUAGUUGGAAUUGACCAAAUCUCAAGUCCUUAAACUGGAUUAGGGGGGUUAAAAGUCAGAUACCUCCUAAGAAAAAAACAAAACUUGAUUACAGAGGACGUAGGUUCUCCAGGUAAAUUGGAAAUCAGAGGAUCUCCCAAAUCAGAGGAUCUCCCAAACCCAAGGCCUGGAGGUUAAAUACACUGUCUUUGAAUUCUAUUGCCUUGUAAAUGAAAGACUCGUACAAUAGUUUGCUGGAUAUAAGUACGUCCUGCUACAAAAUUUGUUUUAAGGCGUGAUAAAGUGCUUGAAAAUGU